AUGUCUCUUCACGAAGUCUGGCAAGCCGCUGCCAGCAGCCCGUUUCAACCCUCUGUGAGUAAGGACAGUCAGAUAGCCGUUGGACUGCUAUUGCUGCUUGUUGGUCUCAUCUUGACGAUCCUCUUCGGCUUGAAUCGAUCAAGUUCCUCAAUUCCCAUUUUUGGAAUUCCUGCUUCCCUUGCGUUCGCGUUCGGUGCCGUGUACACAAUCUGCGGUGUCGGGGUCUAUGUUUGA